AUGCCGAGCUGUCCACCCUGGUGGCUGCUACUGCUGCUCUCGCUGUGGGAGCCGCUGCUCCGGAGGGCGGAGGCAGGCUCUGAGGGGCAGACGGCGGGAGAGCUGUACCAGCGUUGGGAACGGUACCGCAGGGAGUGCCAGGCGACACUGGAGGCUGCGGCGCCCCCAGCAGGCCUCGCCUGUAACGGGUCCUUUGAUAUGUACGUCUGCUGGGACCACACUGCACCCAAUGCCACUGCCCGUGCGUCCUGCCCCUGGUACCUGCCCUGGAACCGCCAUGUGGCUGCAGGCUUUGUCCUCCGCCAUUGUGGCAGUGAUGGCCAAUGGGGACCUUGGAGAGACCAUUCUCAGUGUGAGAACCCAGAGAAGAAUGGGGUUUUUCAGGACCAAAGGCUCAGCUUGGAGCGGCUGCAGGUUGUGUACACCGUGGGCUACUCCCUGUCCCUUGCCACACUGCUGCUCGCCUUGCUCAUCUUGAGUUUCUUCAGGCGGCUGCGCUGCACUCGCAACUACAUCCACAUCAACCUGUUCAUGUCUUUCAUGCUGCGGGCAGCAGCCAUCCUCACCCGAGACCGUCUGCUUCCUCCACCUGGCCCCUACCCUGGGGAUCAGGCUCCUAUCCUGUGGAACCGGGCCCUAGCUGCCUGUCGCACGGCGCAGAUCUUGACCCAGUACUGCGUGGGUGCCAACUACACGUGGCUGCUGGUGGAGGGCAUCUACCUGCACAGCCUCCUGGUGCUUGUGGGAGGCUCCGAGGAGGGCCACUUCCGCUGCUACAUGCUCCUCGGCUGGGGGGCCCCCGCACUUUUCGUCAUUCCUUGGGUGAUCGUCAGGUACCUGUACGAGAACACGCAGUGCUGGGAGCGGAACGAUAUCAAGGGCAUUUGGUGGAUUAUAAGGACCCCUAUCCUGCUAACCAUCUUGAUUAAUUUUCUCAUCUUUAUCCGCAUCCUUGGCAUCCUCGCGUCAAAGCUGAGGACGCAACAGAUGCGCUGCCCAGACUACCGACUGAGGCUGGCUCGCUCCACGCUGACGCUGGUGCCCCUGCUGGGCGUCCACGAGGUGGUGUUUGCCCCCGUGACUGAGGAACAGGCCCGGGGUGCCCUGCGCUUGGCCAAGCUCAGCUUUGAGAUCUUCCUCAGUUCUUUCCAGGGCUUUCUGGUCAGCGUCCUCUACUGCUUCAUCAACAAGGAGGUGCAGUCGGAGAUCCGGCGGGGCUGGCACCGAUGCCGCCUGCGCCACAGACUCGGCGAAGAGCCAUGCCAACCCCCCGAGCGCGCCUUCCGGACCCUGCCCUCGGGUUCCGGCCCCGGCCAGGUCGCCGCCGGCCGCGCUGUGUGCUCGAGGACACUCCCAGGUCCUGGGGGUGAGGCCAGCCAUGUCUUAGAAAGUUACUGCUAGGCUGCGGGAUUCUUGGGUCCAUUCAGUUAGCACGUAUUUAUUGAGCGCUUGCUGUGUACCAGGCCUGGUGUGGAGAGCGCUGGGGAAAUGGGGCGGCGCGGGGGCGGGGGCGGAGGGGAAGGAAACAGAAGACAAGGUCCCUAUUCUCCUAGAAAUCACAACUGAGUGGGGAAACAGACCGUGAGGAUAAACCAAGUUACAUAUACGCUGCGGAACGGCUUAUAAAGAAAAGUUAGAAGGGGACCUAGUGUGGUAUGGGGCAUCUCUGAGGAAGUGACAUUUAAGCCAUGCCUGAAAGAGGUGAAGGAGACACCUUUGGAAAGAAUUCACGGCGAGAUUCUAGGCAGAAGGAAGCACAUCUGCGAAGGCCCUGGGGCGGGAAGGAGCUUGGCGGUGUCUGAGGAACAGAGAGGAGGCCUGCGUGUCUGGUGUGGGGUGAGUCAGAGCCAACAGAUGGAGAGAGAAGUGGGACAGGGCAGAAGAGUGGGAAUUUUAUUUCAGGUACACUGAAGGUUCUUUGGAGCGGCUCCUAAUGGAGUGGGCUAAGUUUUUUAAACAGAUCUCUCUGUCUGUCCUCUGGGGCAACAGAUUAUUAGGGGCAAGGGUGGCAGCUGGGAGCCCAGGGAGGAGGCUAAUGCAGGUGGGAGGUGAUGUUGGCUGGACCAGGGUGGUGGCCACAUAGGGUGUGAAACAGUUAGAUUCUAGAGCUGUUUUAAAGGUAGAACUGAGAGGACUUGCCGAGGAAGGAGAGAAGCCAGGGAAGACUUCUCGUUUGGGGCUGGAGAGAGGAAAGAGGGAGAUGGGGUUCAGGGUGGGGAGAACCAAUAGUGCUCUUUGGACAUGUUAAGCUGGGAAUAAGGGUCUGGAGCUCACAGGAGAGGUCAGAGUGAGAGACAGAAAUAUGAGUGGCACUGGGGUCCAGAGAGGAGGAUUCUGUGUGUAGAUAUCAACAUGGGCAAUUCAGGGCAGGUGUCAGAGCUGAAACCUACAUCCAGGGUGGCCAAAACCACUGCUAGCUGGAGAGUGUGGACACACAUGCAUACCCUUCUUGGUGGCUCCUGGGAACUAGGAGAAUUAGGAGGAAAGCCAGCAGUCUCACUGUCGCUGGACCACCUGUACACAUGCAAGACCCUCACUCCUAAGUCCCUCCCCCACAUAGACACACACUUAGAUUCAGUUGGUACCUGGGUGUUGUCCAUUCUUUUCCUUGGGGUCCCCAGCUCCCUGGACAGAUAUGGCCCAUGGUCGCUGAACUCAGAGUCCUUUCAAGCAUGUGGUCCUGCUGGGCCCCUCUUGUGGGUUCUGGGAAGGUGGGGGCCUAGGGCUGGGCCCUUGUAAAUAAAGCAUGAGAAACAGUUGUUUUUUGUGGGGGUGGGGGGUGGGAAAAUCUUCUUGGCCAGGCCAUAAGGGAAAUGACAGAGGCGGGCUGUGUGGCCAGAUGGCGGUGGUGGCCUUGCACCCUCUGGAGAGCAGUACUGCUCAACUUCAGCCACGUGUUGCCAAGAGAUCAUGGACACCAUGCUGCCACCAUCCUCCAUGCCUAAGAGAACGCUCCCAGCUGGGAACGUUCAUGUGAUCUCCUGUUAUUUAAACUAUUUACAAUGUGUAUGAUUAAAAAUUGUGUGUGUGCCAAACAUUUUCUGAGAGCUGCUUCUCCAGAAAGGUAGUGUAGGAAUAAUAAAGCUGCAGGAACCAGCCUAGUUCAAAUCUUAGUUUUUGGCUACUGAUUAGCUGUGUGACUUGGGGAAAAUUCCUAACCUCUCUGUGCCUAAGUUUCACUUCUGGAAAAUGGGAAUAAUGAUGGUACCAACAUCCUAGGGUUGCCUGAGAUUCCAAUGAGUAACUCUUAGGAUACUGCCUGGUGCAUGGAGCACACUUGGCCAGUUUGCCUAGUGCUUUUCCUGCAACCUGUUUUCACUUUCACUCACCGUAACGGAAGAGGGGAUUAGAGACCAUUUGGGCAGUGGGUUGGGUAAAGAGAUGAGGAAAUUCAGAUUGAUGCCAGGCAGGGGUGUCCUAGGCUAGAAUCUUUGCUGCCAGCCUGCAAGGCAGGGAAAGGAAUUCCUAUUUCCCGGGGAGAACAGGAGGGAUGUGGGGCAGGGA